AAAUGCCGUAGCAAACUGACCACCGCAUAAUUUUGAAUUCUCCACUUAUUUCCGCUCAUUUUUGAUUCUCUGAUCAGUGAUGGCUCUAUUAAAUUCAAAGUAUCUCUCAGUGCUUGGCACAUUUCUGCUAUUUUGCAUUCCAUUUCAAGGCGUUGAUGGACUAAAUUGUUAUUCCUGCUCUUCCCUAGAGAAUUGUUAUACUUCUCGAUCUCAAAUUGCUUGUAAGGCUAGUGAAAAGAAUUGCGAAAUUAAGUUCGAUGCAACCGAUGCUAUCAUAAGCAUGAACUGUGCCGAGACUUGCGAUGAAGCUGCAACUUGUUGCACUGGCGAUUUGUGUAACAAAUACCUCAACUACAACGGCAUUAACAUUAUCGCAGUGGCAACUGAUUCUAGCGCAAACACAGCAUCGCCAAAUAGCGGUUCAACCCAAAAAGACUCUGGCACGGUGUCAGAUUCAGGUGCAGAUACAAACACCACUACCACAGAACAUACCACGGUUUCAAGUUCUAAUACGGAAAAGAACAGCACUGAUUCAGGUUCUAGUACAGGAAAUGAUACUACCACCGCCAAGCCCAGCAGCAAUGGAGGAAAUCUAGUAACUUCUGCAAUGUCUGCAAUGGCUCUUGGAAUUGCCUUUUCCCUUUUAUCCGUAUAUUAAACAACAUGUAAUUAUAUUGAUAUUUUAAACAUUACAAAUUAUAAUAAAAUUAAUCACUUGCAAUGCAAAA